AGCUCCCUCCUGAACUCAUUCACACCAUUAUCUCAGAAUUUUGGUAUUCUGAACAUCCCUCGAAUGAUAGAAUUAUAUUCAUGAAAACAUGUCCUCUCAUCAACACCCUCUGGAAGGACGUAUUUGCCCACAUCGCUUUCCGGGACAUUUUCAUUCCAACGAAUGAAUAUUUGUUCUAUCUCAGUUCUAUUAUACGCAACAAUGACUCUCUGAUCUACCGACACCAUCUCCCUCAUUCCACCCAUACAAUGACCUGCCGCGUCGACCUUAUCGAUGCAAUGGAGGAUGCAGCCCAGGAGCCGUACACAACUCUAUCCAAUCUGCCUAACUUUCAUCGGCUUUCGCAAAUACGCCAUUUGUGCUAUGGCCCCUGCCGCAUUGCGCAAAUGUGUUGCAGCAAUCCCUGUGAGGGCAUUCUAUCGCGUUCGACAUAUAUAAAUUGCAUCCGACGAUUUUCUGGCCAUGAUGUCUAUACGGAGACGAAGGGCGAUGUACGAAGUAUAAAUUAUCGCUUCGGAAAGGCAGUCCGAAGACCAUCUGGUUUACGGUCGUUCUUUGCGGAAGUGUAUGAAGAUAUGAAGUACAUGCUCGAAGACGAUACUACGCGCGAACGGUCGUAUUGGGACAACCUUGUGUCUGUCAGUAUGAAGAGACUAAGUCAAAGGAAUAACUGAGGUUUUCAUGCGAUUUAUUCAGUCUGUCCCAGUCAAGAACAAUCCUGCAACAAGAGUGCGUCGAGCUGGGUAGUAAUGCUGCGUCGCGAAGAAGGUGUAGUGUAGGGAUUGGUCCGCCGUUUAAAGGCUUUUUCAGAGGACAGUCGCUUGGGACGAUAUCUUGGGAUACCUGACUUUUCGGCAUCUGCUGCUCUAUCUCACAUUGUCCCAUCUCGUCCAUCUCACACACGUUCCUCCAUUUCAUCAGAGCAGCCGCUUGACAUCUGUAUUAUUGUUCAUAACACGACCACCUCUGUUUCCGUGCACACCUUGCGAAUCGGACAUCAGUGCUAACGAUAGUUCCUUACUGUUGGUUGCCAAAACGUCUCAAUUUCAUGAUUAUCUGUUGCCUUCGUA